AUGUUAACUAAGGGGAAAAGGUUGUCCCAAGAUCAAUCUAGGGGAAUCUAUCGAAAUCGUUUAUCUUCACAACUAAUUGACACUGUUUAUCAAGCUAAUAGUACACUUAUAUUUUUAUUUUACCAAUUACACUUCAAAAAAAAAGGACGACGGUUCGCGAGUAGUAAGGAUCACACGACUCAUAGAAUAUUUUUAUGGGUGUGCUUACUCGUCAGGGAUGUUGAAAGCGACCGUGCGUUUAAUAUAUCCACUCAUUUAUUUAUUACUUACGACUUCAAUAGCAAAAAAACAAGAUUUAGUACGUUACAAGCAAUCCUCAUGUCGACAUGAAGAAAAUUCAAAACUAAAUUUUAUUUCCAAUUACCCAAAUCCUAGUAUUACGAACUUCAUGUUUAUUAUUUUACCGAGUUGUUGUCAACCAUUAGGACUAUGUUGGACGCAGGCACCAACCUACUCAGGCAUAGUUGUUUUUACGUAUCUUUAUUAUCGUUGCGGGAGCAGGUAUUCAGUGCAUAUCUGAUUGUUUCUGAGUAUGUAAAGAUCAUUUCAUCUUCAUGGGGUUGUUCGGGUGUAACAACAGCGUCCAAGUUGCAGCACAAAGAGUCGAAACAGUUGCACGCGUCGUCAACAGUUUACCCCGUCUUCGUAACGCUCCUUCAUCUACGUUGACGAAGGUGGCACUUCUGGUUGGCGUGCUGCAGUUGUAUUCGCAGAUCGUCAACACUACUACUCUUCAUACGCAACGCGAUUCCAAGCAUUUUUUUGCGAUCUGCUUGAGAUUCGUUGGAUAUGGUUAGUUGUUAAUGAUGAGAAAAACGCGCACGCAACGAACAUCACGAUGUUAUAAGUCUGGCCUGGAGUUGUAAUACCACUUCUAACUUCAAAAACUCUACAACCCAAGAUGAGUAUCUGAGGAUCAUUUACUACACAUUGAGAUUGAGAUUGAUGUUGUUUAACCAUCAUGAAAUUAACUUCCACUCCGUUGUUGUUUAUUUCAAAGAUAUUGCAAGUUGGUUCUAUUUACCGACAAAUUCUAAAAAGAACACGAGGGGGUUGAAAGUUCUAAUUUAGAGGUGAUUCAUUAUUUCUUCCUGAUUGAUGUAGAUGUUGUACUACUCUAAGGCCUAAGCAAAUUACAAAAACUUUUACCCAUGUAUCCAAAUAUGAGCAAUAAUAAAAGCCUAUUUACUAGAAAGAGAGAGGAAAGCCGUUUAGGUUUAUUGGAAUCUCAAGCAGGAAAAACAGACAGUCGAUAAGAAGUCUUGUGGUGUAAAAGGACAGGACUUAUGUUUUACUAGUGCGACGACGGAGCAGGAACAGCUCGGGCCUCUCGGCGUUAUGUUGAAGCCUGAAACGUUUGUCGUGUUUCCGUAUAUGGCUACAAACAAAUGUCCAAGCGAACUUACAAUUACAAACACGCAGCGUCUCCGUCUCCUGCUGUGCUGCAGUCACGACGGCGUCGUCGAAUGUGAAGUUUAUUCAUCUUCAGAAUCAUUGAGCAUGGCCUUUCCGAAUGGAGUUUAAGCGAGCACUCUGGGGAUCAUUAUGUUGCUAGACUCAGAUGAUCAUCAUUCUUGCUUGCUACUGCGCUAGACGAGUUAGAUGCUACUUUGAUUCCUAUGUUGACUACUCUUGUACAUACGUUGGGGUUGUGGGAACGCAGUCGCAGCAACCUCGUGCUGUGAGCUUGCAAAUUCAGGGUGGAUGGUGAAUCCAUGAAUUUCCAUGGUCUAACUAAGUAUCUGAAUUUGUGCUACUGGAUGGUAUCUACAACUCUAAAAAAAUGAAUACUUGUUUUCAUUUUGAUGUCCGUUGCGACUAACUAAUUAGUAUGGGAGGUAGGGAGAUGAAGUAGUGAUGUUAAUAAAAGUAGUCUUUUUCACGCAUCAGCCAUUCAUCGCUAGUUCGUUGAAAUUCAACAACUUUAUGUACAUUUCAAAAUCUCUUUUCCAGUACAAGCAUAAUCAUCUUGUAAUUUUUUCCGUCAACAUGAUUCAUGUGUCAAAUAUAGAGGUAUCUAAAAAAAAUUGGGAGAUCCUUAACUACUGUCAAGCAUAAAUAAUACAGUAUGUGAGUCAUUGUAUUGUUGGUCCAUCGGAAUGCGAAUGCCUAUUAACAGACUCAUAACAGAAAAAUUAUGAUGAAGUUGAUGUAGCCUUUUCAUUUCCUAUUCAUCAUGAUCUUCAAUCAACGAGCAUACACAUUAUUGAUUUUUCUACUAUGUAAACCUAAACGUAGAAGUUGAUCAUUCACGCCUCUAACUUCCAAUCGAGUUUCGACUUCGUGACCCUCGAAGUUACUCAUGAAACCCUCACACAAAUUGAUGUGUGUCUAAGCUGCCUCUCCACUCAUGGUCUUUACAAUGUUGCCUUACAUUUACUAUGUAUUCGAUAUUACUACAACAACUUCCUACUUAGGACUUUAUCCUUUGAUCAUGUGAGUGGGUGUUACACAUAAAAUACAU